GAGGCUCUGAAGGAAAGGGACCCCUUUGAGGAACACGAGAGGGAAUCCCAAGGAAAGUUUACAGAUGGAGGCGAAUUGCUUAACACUAAAAGACCUGAUUAGCCCGAGACACACAAGGAUAAAUUUGAUAGAUGAAGAUGGGGAGAGUGCACAAAAGGAAAACAUAUUUGAUCGACCCAGAAUGACCCCAAAGACUCCCAUGAAAAAUGAACCCAUUGAUUUGUCAAAGCAAAAAAACUGCACCCCCGAGAGGAGUCCAAUUACACCUGUUAAGCUGAGUGAUAGGCCCCUGGCAGACCCAUGGACCCCCACAGCUAACCUGAAGAUGCUUAUUAGUGCUGCUAGCCCUGACAUGCGGGAUCGUGAAAAGAAGAAAGAACUCUUCAGACCAAUUGAGAACAAUGCAUUUAAUGACAGUUUUUCUGAUUGCUUGCAGUGUGAUACUGUGGAUGAUGGAACAACAGAUGAAUAUGAAAAACAGAGACCGAGCAGGAAGCAGAAAAGCUUAGGAUUGUUGUGCCAAAAAUUCUUAGCUCGCUACCCCAGUUAUCCGUUAUCAGCAGAAAAAACAACAAUUUCUUUGGAUGAAGUGGCUUCUAGUCUUGGAGUUGAACGUAGGCGAAUUUAUGACAUAGUGAAUGUCUUGGAGUCUCUUGAUCUUGUUAGCCGAGUGGCUAAGAAUCAGUACUGUUGGCAUGGUCGCCGUAGCUUGAGUCAGACUUUGAAAAACCUCCAAGGAAUAGGAGAGCUGCAGAAAUAUGAAGAACUUAUGGCUUAUUUCCAGCAAAAAGAGCCGGACCUUGAGUGUAGAUUUGGAGAACAAAAAAGAGAGACCUUUAUCGAUUUCCAGGACCGACAGUUGCUUGACUUCUCAGAGACAGAUUGUCCAUCUGCGUCUGCAAACAGCAGAAAGGACAAGUCGCUGAGGAUUAUGAGCCAAAAAUUUGUCAUGCUGUUCCUUGUCUCCAAGACCAAGAUAGUCACUCUCGACAUAGCAGCGAAAAUAUUAAUAGAAGAAAGCCAAGAUACAGCAGAUCACAGCAAGUUCAAAACAAAGGUUCGAAGAUUGUAUGAUAUUGCCAAUGUCCUAACUAGUCUUGGCCUGAUAAAGAAAGUACAUGUAACAGAAGAAAGAGGUCGAAAACCAGCCUUCAAAUGGAUUGGACCUGUGGAAUUCACUGGAGAGAGUGAUGACAUAAAGAUGGAGAUUUCAACCUGUGCUGCUUUAACGGAAGCGAAAGGGGCAGCACAUGUUCCGCACCAAGCUUGCACUAACAGAAAAGAGCGGCUGUCACGACAUGCUUCUUUUCAUGCUGCUCAGUCUUCCGAAGUGGUCAAGAGGAAGGUCAGCUCUGAACCCAGCAGCCCACGCAGAGGGAGGCAAGAUGAUUGCCAUUCCAAAAUGAUAAAUCUAGCAUCUGUUUGCUGCCAGAAGAUGGAAGAUGACACAAGUAAAGGUUUUGUCACAGAAUCAGCAAGAAAGCUGGGCAUCAUUUCACCUGUUGUUCCUGUUCCUGGAGACUCACACUAUUGCCCUUAUGUUCCUUCACAUGUCAACUCUGAGAUGUCACAUCUGUCUCUGACAAAUGGAAUAAAUGACCAAGACCUGUCGUCAUCUGUUUUAUCGGGUUCUAAAACAGAGUCUGGGAAAACCACUGUGGUCCCCAAUCAGCCUUUUGUUUACUUGCCAUCUCCACCCCUUUAUAUGCUUUGUGGAAGUCUACAUGAGAAUUUCCCUAGGGAAACCCUUUCAGAAAAAGCAAGUAAGGACUUUAAGAGCCAAGCUUCUCCAUGUCUACCAGAAGCUGUUGAAUUUCCAGAUAAUUGUCGAAAGCGGAAUUCGCAGAAAUGUCUGCCUCCCACUGCAGUUUCAGCUGAAGAGGAACCUUCAACAAAAAGACAAAGCCUUGAGCAAAGUGAUGGCCCCAUUUCCCUGGUGUUGUCUAAGAACACUAUUAAUUCAGACUCUUCCCUGGAUAGUAAAGGCAGUUCCAUAGACCAACUAAGAGGUUUUCCACUUGAAUCAAGGACUCCUGCUGUUGUGGAAGCUGCAGUGGCCAAAUCCUUAGACACACUGGAGCAAGAAAAGUCCUGUCAAAAUAAAGAGCUGAAAGAAAAUUCAAAGGAAAAUGAGCAGGCCUCGCAAGAAAAUGGCAAACAGUCUUUCCUGCCACAGUACCUCUAUGUACAGCCUGCAGCUGGAUUAAAUGGUUUUAAUUUCCUGUUUCCUGCCAAUCAAACUCCUGGUCCUGUCAGCCUACCUUCAAGCCAUUUACCUCCACUCAAUGUUCCCUGUAUGAUGGUUCCAUCUUCAGCAUUGGCACCAUUUCCUCUUAUCUAUUCUCCAGCAGUAACAAGCCAACUUUCUUCUGCUCCUGCCAGCUCCUUUCCAAAUGUCACGUGCAUGAACUUUAGUAUGCCUGGCCUUCCAUCUACAGCACCUGUUUUCAUUGGGACCCCAGCAGUGGUCACUUCAAAUUCAUCGCAGCUACCAAGCCUGGAAUCACACCAGCAGAUUCAUUCAGCUGUACACCUGAGCCCUGUAUUAGGAUCUGCUUGUAGCACCAUUAAAGCAGAUGCACCUGUUUGCAUGGGACAUCCAGUCACUCUUCUGAAAUUACAGCAGCCUUCUUCAACCCCACUGACUCCUAAGAACAUGCGUCCUACACCCCAAGAAGCAUUUUUCAAGACACCCGGUAGCCUUGAAGAUCCUGUUGUAUGGCGAAAACAUGAAGGCAGCCAGAGCAGAACAACCAGUUCUGCUCAAAGAAGAUUAGAAAUUUCCAGCAAUAGCUCUGACUAA